AUGGAAAGCGAAACUGGGCCCAAAGAGCCGAAAGCUGCCAAUAUGCCAGCUCCUGAGGUUACCCCUGUCGAUGUGGCAGCCUCCUCGGCAGAAGCUAUGUCAUCAUCUGCAGCUGAGGAUACAUCAGAGAAACAGGACAUUCUUUAUUUCCCUCUGCGGUACACUCGAAUACGAAAUUACUGGGGCUUUCCCGAGCUUGCUUUCGAUGAUAUCAACAAUGACCCGCAGGAAGUCCAGGUCGAAUACUGCGAAUCAGACCCAAAAGUUUAUGAUUACUUUAUCAGAUGCACGUUCAUAAAGCCCAUUGUCGCUUUGUAUGAACCAAUUUCCAGAACACUCGUGCGAAGAGAAAAUAUUAUGGAAAUUAAAGAUAUGAAACUGCCGAACGGGCGGGACACUAUAUGGUCUGUGGUGUACAAAGGACCGGAAAAGCAAAUGAGCUUUUGGGACAACCUCGCAUGGACGUCGAAACUCAUGCUGAAAGACGAGUUUAGUCCGAUGCUCUAUAUUGAAGAUUUAGAGAAAGGGAGAUACAAAGAUACACUUUAUGAUGUUUUAUGGUGGUAUUGGAAGGACAAGAUCUUCCAGCAGAGAGAUGGGGAACCGAAGCAGGCCCCACAGGCUGAGGGACAACAAAAUUCUGCUGUUUGA